AAUGGCGGACACCAGUGACAGUAGCUCACAAUCUGCUGGAUUUACAGACAAAUUAAAAUCCUGGCUUUCUUGGUCAUGGACGUACAUAUGGGCUAUUUGGUUUGCCAUGGUCUUAGUUCUGAUCUACGUUCUGCGGAGCCCACUGAAGCUCCAGGAAACUCUUGCCACAGCUUCUGUCUUCCUGAACACACUGACACCUAAGUUCUAUGUGGCACUCACUGGAACUUCAUCACUUAUUUCUGGCCUCAUUUUGAUAUUUGAGUGGUGGUACUUCCGGAAGUAUGGCACUUCGUUCAUUGAACAGGUGUCUGUAAGCCACUUGCGCCCUCUUCUGGGCGGAGUGGAGAAUAGCAGCUCUGCCGGAUUGUUCUCUUCGGUGAAUGGGGAUGCAGAACCCAGACCAAGUGUUUCAGAGUGUAAAGUGUGGAGGAACCCAUUAAAUUUAUUCAGAGGAUCUGAAUACAGCAGGUACACCUGGGUGACAGGAAAAGAGCCCUUGACCUAUUAUGACAUGAACCUGUCGGCACAGGAUCACCAGACAUUGUUCACAUGUGACACGCAGCAGCUCCGACCUGAGGAUGCCGUGAUGCAGAAGGCAUGGCGGGAGAGGAACCCACAAGCCCGGAUCAAAGCAGCAUAUCAGGCCAUCGAGCUGAACAGCGACUGUGCCACAGCGUAUGUCCUGCUGGCGGAGGAGGAAGCCACCACCAUCACGGAGGCGGAGCGUCUUUUCAAACAGGCUCUGAGGAGUGCUGGCAAAGACACCAACGUGCUGGUUUACAUCAAGAGAAGGUUGGCCAUGUGCGCACGGAAGCUGGGCCGCGUCAGAGAGGCGGUGAAGAUGAUGAGAGAUUUAAUGAAGGAGUUCCCUCUUCUUGGAAUGUUAAAUAUUCAUGAGAACCUGUUGGAGGCCCUCUUAGAAAUGCAGGCCUACGCUGACGUUCAGGCAGUCCUUGCAAAGUACGACGAUAUAAGCCUACCAAAGUCAGCAACUAUAUGCUACACAUCAGCCCUACUCAAAGCCCGGGCUGUGUCAGAUAAGUUCUCCCCAGAAGCAGCUUCGCGACGGGGCCUCAGCACAGCGGAGAUGAAUGCAGUGGAAGCCAUCCACAGAGCUGUGGAGUUUAACCCACACGUGCCAAAGUACUUGUUAGAAAUGAAGAGCCUGAUCCUGCCUCCAGAGCACAUCCUGAAACGGGGGGACAGUGAGGCGGUGGCGUAUGCCUUCUUCCACCUGCAGCACUGGAAGCGGGUGGAGGGAGCCUUAAACCUGCUGCACUGCACCUGGGAGGGAACUUUUCGGAUGAUCCCAUACCCCCUGGAAAAGGGGCACCUGUUUUACCCCUACCCGGGCUGCACAGAGACAGCAGAUCGGGAGCUGUUGCCCUCAUUCCAUGAGGUGUCGGUAUACCCUAAGAAAGAGCUGCCCUUCUUCAUCCUCUUCACUGCGGGGCUCUGCUCCUUCACCGCCAUGCUGGCCCUCCUCACACACCAGUUCCCCGAGCUCAUGGGCGUCUUCGCCAAAGCCUUCUUCAGCACCCUCUUCGCACCACUGAGCUUCAUCAUGGACAAAAUGGAGAGCUUCAUGCCCUCUAGUUUUUGGCAUCAGCUAACUCGGAUCUGACACCCCUGGUCCCAGUCACCAUUGAUGCCGCACCAGGCAGCCUGCCGUCCAAAUGGCCCCGCCCACACAAAGGUUUCCACUUCUGUCUUCCCCCAGUGACAUCGCACUCAUACCCAUACCUUACCUGUGAGGACAAACGGAUGUCUCCUGGAGGGAUGCUUUGAUGCAGCUAGAUUGAGUUAAAGAUUUUUUUUAAUAGGAAAACUCCAUAGAAAUGAUCACGGAUCCCAGCACCCUGGCUGUGUUCUGCCAGGGUAGGGCUGGGCGUGUUGGCCAUGGUUCCCUAAUCCCUCCACUCUCAGCGCUCUGUGACAUGUGUAUGUAUGGGAGGAAUACUCUCACUAGAUCCUGUGAUCCUGCUCAGGUGCAGAUGUUUCCAUGGUGAUAUGAGCCUUAGGUACACGCCCUAUAGCGUUUACACCAAGUUGAGGGAGAAAGGGAGGAAAAACAAAAAGAAAUGAGAAAGAAACAUGGAUUUGGAUGGAAUGUUAUACUUCGAAAUCCCAAAAUCUCCAUUGAAAUGCCUUUAAACAAUGCCUUUCAGUUUGUGUCUAUGGCAUGCCUAAUCACAAAUUUGUUUGAAGAGGGUUGAAAGGAGGAGCAAUCUCUUAACAGAGUUAAUUUAUUGACAUGUGAUGUAAAUUCUGGUGUGGAGAUUAGAUUAGAUUAGGUCCUUUAAUGAGGAUGUUUUCCACAAAAAAGAACACGGUUCAGGUGAAAAGAUAACAGGGAAGUAUAGUAGCCUACUGGAUAGACUUGUGCAGCUCCACAGUACAGUCAGUUGGACUUCAGUACCAAACAACCUCAUAUACUUUCAAAAUGAGGCGUCAGUAUUUUCUUGAAUUCUACCUUUAGUCAGUGUGGUCUUGUUAAUGUAGGUUUUAAAGACAGAGAGGGCCUGGAUGUAUGGAAAUGGGGGAUGAACUCUCCAACCACCUUCUACAGAUUGAGAUCUAUAGAUUCUACAUGCACUGUGUCAUCCAUGUUCAACAUCACAACCAACACAGCUCUCAGAGAAGGCUUCCCAAUUUUAUUUUAUGAUCAGUGAUCUCCUAAUGGAAAAGAAGUUCUGCUCUGUGUUCACUCAGCUACAUCAUUACUCAAUGUCAGUAUUACAUCUUAACACCGUGUCCCUGGUGUUUGGACACAUUUUAAGCAGGAGGCAAUACUGUUUAACACGGGGGUCCUGUUUGACCUUAUAACCUUCAGAGCCAUCAGGCUUGCAAAGUAAACUAGAUAAAUUUAAGUCCAAAACUGAUCUGAGAACAGACAGAGUGCUAGCACAGCUUCCUCUUUAAAAUGAUGUAUACCCAGAGAAUGUGUCACAUGCUGUGUAAAUCCUGGGCAAAUUAGCAAGUGAAGAAGUGAAUGUGUCAUGGUGAGACAGGUUCUCCACUUUAAUGAAUGCAGGAGGCCAGUGGCCUGACCCAGCAUGGAGGUAAAAGCCAGAGUGGAGGAGGGAGAUUGAUGGUGCACCUUGAGUGCAUGUGUGCGUGCGCACCCGUGUGUCUUCCCCCAGACUAAUCUUCCCUUGUGAUCUUUAUGAUAUAGGUUCCCUCCGGUCUCUGUUGCAUCUUUUCCACAACACCAUUUUGUCAAGGUAUAAAACAUCCCAGGACCGAGCUGACUGAAGUCAUGAGGAGUCCUGUGUACAUACUCCUCCUCCUCCUUUACUCUUCUCUAGUUUCUGCAGGUUGGAGUGGAAUGCGCAGACCUACCUAAUUUAUAUGCUUUUGAAUUCACAACAGAUUUUUUCUCCAAGGCAGGCCAAUCACGUACAGCUGUGGCCUGAUUGGGCAAAGGGCCUGUUCACACAGGAUCAAGUUUGCGUGCCCACUUUGCUGAUUCCAGCACAGCCCUUA